AAUCAACAAGCAGUCCGGACGGAAGUGGCAUAUUUGAAAAGUAAUAGUUGAAGUCGAGACUUCAGCGACCGACUUCAGUGAAAAAGGAUAAAAAAUUACUGGCAUCGUAAAUACGAUGGAGGAAGAAGAGCAUACAGACAGAAUGCAGAAAUUUGCCAUGGUUUGUCAGAAGCUCAACAAAAUCAGAAAAUAUCUAAAUGAAGAUGACACUGACGAUAUUAAUCAGAUUGUCAGCUCAAAGUCGCCUGAAGCUUGUCGUUCAUAUUUGAUGGACCUGGAAAAGAAAGGGGACCCUCACUUGGAUUAUACCCAUCUCACCCGACUCAUUAAUUUUUAUACCAGAGUGUUCUCCAAUAUGCCACUGGGAGUACACUGUCAAAAUGAGAGCUAUGCCAGAAUGUUGGUCAGAUUUGCUGAGCUGAAAGUAAUUCACAACGUUGAUGAGGCAGAAGCCAAUUUUAAUGUGGCAAUAUCUCACAGCCAUAACUUUGCAUUUGUCCAUAUUGCAUAUGCAGAGUUUGCACUUUCUCAAGGCAAAACAAAGAAAGGUUUGCACAUAUUGCAGAAUGCAAUUGAACUUGGUGCCCAACCAAAAGAGCUGCUUGAGGCUGCUUUGCAGAGGUUGCAAGUGCAGCAAAUUGUUCCUUCAGAGGACAAGGGAAACGACCCACUAUUCUAUAACAGUACCACACACGAGUCUGUUAAAAAAGAUUCUGACUUCCAAAAAGGAAGCAGGAUGUCCGAUGGCACAGGUGAUUUGCUUCUGUCGAGCAUUUUUAACUCGGGGAGGGAAUCUCUUGGAGGUUCGUCAGAUGACUCGCUGCUGAAUUGGAGGUCGACAUCUUAUCGCAAGAGGGCUGUUGGAUUGCCAGGUAGAGUUCCGCUUGUUCCUUUCUCGAUCUCAGAAAAAGAUGAUGAUGACGAUUACCUUCUUGGGAGGCUAUCUAACAAAAAUGAUGCAUCAGCCAUCAAGAAUUUGUCUCGGCAAGCAUCUGAUUCCAGCGUGAGCACAAAGUUUGUGCCAUCCUCGUCAAAGAAAGUUGUUGGAGACAUUGUCAACUGUCCGUCAACAUCAGUAACUCCUGAUCCUCGCCCUUGGGAUGACCAAGGCUCUGUGGAUUCCACCACCACACUUCUGCAUACACAUGAUACAAAGGACACCCUAAAUUAUGAUGAUGUAACUUAUAAUUUUGAACAGGUCAUCAAUUCAAAUUCCCCUGAGUCAUGUUGGACUUACUUGGUAAACCUGGAAAAAAGAGGAAACCCUCAUACAGACAUCAACUUCCUAAAUAAGAUCAAGGACUAUUAUUCUAAAGUCUUUUCCCACCUGCCUAUAAGAAAAUACAGCAAAAACUCCACUUAUGCAAGAAUACUUGUCAGAUAUGCAGAACUCAAAGGCAUGGACGACCCUGAGGAAGCUGAAGACUAUUUCAUAGUUGCAAGGUCAAACUGCAAAGCCUUUGCGUUUGUCCACAUUGCACAUGCUCAGUUUGAGGUUUCUCAAGGAAAUGUGACCAGGGCGACUUCCAUACUUCUCAAAGCCCAGUCAUUAAAAGCUCAACCAGCUGAUCUACUGGAAGUAGCUCUGCGGAACCUGAAAACUGGAGAGAAACAACUUGUUCCCACUAAGAGGGAGCAAGUCCACACAGAUUUUGAAAUGGAUGUGUCAACUUUUGGCGGGAAUCAGGAGCCGCAGCACCCUGCUCGAGUUGCUGUCGCCCAAACAGUGGAGCCGCCCAAACCUGCCAGCAAGGAGGGUGUUUCAGAGUGGAAAAUACCAACUCUGAUGGAGCAUGUUUCUCCAGAGGAUAAACCUGUAACACCGCCUGCUCCCAAACUGCUUUCAAGUGCGCUGAACUCACUCCCAACUCCGUCUCUCCCUCGUCCAUCAAAAUCAAAUUCACAAAUUGUCUACCAGACUCCAAACAAUGACAGAAACCCAUAUGCUAACAGCUUUGUUACACCUAUUGUAAAGAGGGAUCCCGUGGUGUUAUAUUCCUCCACAGUUGCACCACACAGAAUUGGACCUGUUCAGCAGCCAUGCACGCCUUUGAACCAAGUAUCAGGUUUUCAGACUCCACAGGCUUCCUUUGCUGCACCAUCGAAUGAAACUAUAACCAUCAAAGGCAAGCAGUUCUUCAUUCUUAAAAUGAUUGGACAAGGGGGAUCCAGCAAGGUAUACCAGGUCCUGGAUCAUAAAAAACAGUUGUUUGCUGUUAAAUAUGUAGACCUCGAGGAGGCAGACACUCAGACUGUGGAAAGUUACAAAAAUGAGAUCCAACAUCUGAACCACUUGCAGCAAUACAGCGAUAAAAUUAUCAAGCUCUAUGACUAUGAAAUAACAAACAGCUACAUUUAUAUGCUGAUGGAGUGUGGAAAUCUGGAUCUAAACACAUGGCUGCGGAACCGAAAGACUGUGAAUCCACUUGAGAGAAAGUUUUACUGGAAGAAUAUGUUAGAAGCUGUCAGUAUUAUCCACCAACAUGGCAUCGUCCACAGUGACUUGAAGCCAGCUAAUUUUGUAAUCGUGAAUGCAUCACUGAAGCUGAUAGACUUUGGCAUUGCAAAUCGAAUCCAACCAGAUGUGACAAGCAUCAUGAAAGAUUCCCAAGUUGGAACGCUGAACUAUAUGUCCCCUGAGGCCAUUAAAGACACUUCAGCACAACGUGGAGAAGCAUGCUCAAAAAUAAGUCCCAAAGGGGAUGUGUGGUCCCUUGGAUGUAUCUUGUACUUUAUGACCUAUGGGAAGACUCCAUUUCAAAGCAUCACCCAUCAAAUCACCAAGCUCCAUGCCAUCAUUGAUCCCUCCCAUAAGAUCGACUUUCCUGACCUCGCUGAAAAGGAUUUGCUGAAUGUGUUAAAGAGGUGCUUGGUUCGAAAUCCUCGGGAGCGAGUAUCUAUUGCCGAGCUGCUAGAGCAUCCGUACCUGCAACUGAAGCCACACAGUUCUCCAGAACCAAAACGUCAGUGCAACAAUGAUCUCAAGAAAAUUCUAACAGAUCUUGCAGCCCUCCAGUCUCCCAACAGCAUCAUACGAGCAGCUAAUAAUCUGGCCAAAAUGUGCAGCAGCGGCAGAAAGCUAGAUGUGGCAGAGUGUGCAAAACCAACUUAAAAACAGAAAAUGCAAUGUAAAAUGUUUUUUAUAUAUAUAUAUAUAUAUAUAUAUAUAUAUAUAUAUAUAUAUAUAUAUAUAUAUAUAUAUAUAUAUAUAUAUAUAUAUAUAUUAUGCUUGUGUGGGUGUGGGUGUGUAUAUAUACACAUACAUAAUUGCAGUGAAAAUGUAUAUUCAGCAAGUUGUCGAACUAACAGCUACAGUAUUUUAUAGCAAAGUUUUUUUUUCCAACCCUUUUUCUUUGCUCAUAUCCUCUGUUAUGUGUAUCAUAAAUAAACCUACCGCUACUGUAUUCUCAGGAGUUCUGCCUUUAAUCAGUUGCUGUAAUUCCUACCAGUGUUGAGUGCAUUCAUAAUGAGGCUAAAUAACACACAAAAAACACUUGUCUUAUUCAUGAUAAAACUUUAUAGUCUUUCAAGUACCUGAAAAAGGUUAUUUUUGUUUGCUUAUAAAUACAAAAUAGUGUCACUAUUAAAUCACUAAACAAUAUCACUACUGCCCUGUUAUUUUAGUCCGGGUAGGGUUUCCCAAAUUUAGGGUUGGGUCAGUUUUUGAAUGAUCUAAGUUAUUUUUUAGCUUUGUAUCUAAUGUAUACACUUUUUGGAGAGAGAUAAAAGGCAAUAGAUUUUGAUCCCACAAGCAAUGGAAAUGAAUAAA